AUGCCGGCAGUUUUGGCAGCCGGACUCGGGCCAGUGUAUUUGGGCCGAUUCUGGGGCGUCAUUCAUCCCAUGUCCAUGCAGAUGUCAUGCAUCAUGUACAUUUCACGUCUUUGGAUAUUUUUUGGUGCUUUGGUGUCUUCAAAUGCUCUGGACCGCUGGAAUACAAGAUGUAUAGGUGUCACCGUCAACGCCUCUCUGAAAUCUGAAGUCUUUCUCCCAUGUCACUUUAAUAUAAGCCAUUAUAAUGGAACAUUGACAGUGAAUUGGAGCCACUAUCCCACUAAUAACAGACUUGUAACGAUCAUGACUGAUGGCAAAAUCAUCUUUGGAAGUCCUAGUGAAGGACGAGUGAAUGUUUUUCCCCUUCUUUCUAAACAUGGAAACUUCUCUAUCCUCAUCCAUGAUCUGCAGUCUUCAGACAUUGAUACCUACUUAUGUCAGCUGAACAGUGAAUGCUGGAGGGUGAAGAUCAUUGAACGUAGUCCAUACAGAAUCAGUGAGCCAAACCCCUGGUUCUACUUUGCAGCUGGAGCUGGAUUGUUUAUUCUCCUUUUUAUUGCAUUCAGCCUGUUAUCAAAAUUCUGUGGAAAGUGUGUAAAUACAUCAUCCAAAUCGAAUCCAGUUAAUGAAUUACAGAGUGAAGGUAGUAAUUCCCCUCAAGAAACACAGAAUAUUGAACAUAGAAACAAAAACAAGAGGGGAAUCAGUGAGCCAAACCCCUGGUUCUACUUUGCAGCUGGAGCUGGAUUGUUUAUUCUCCUUUUUAUUGCAUUCAGCCUGUUAUCAAAAUUCUGUGGAAAGUGUGUAAAUACAUCAUCCAAAUCGAAUCCAGUUAAUGAAUUACAGAGUGAAGGUGUGAGGAGGGGCCCUACAACUGUUUAUGAAAAUGACAUACAUGCUCCAAAUCAAAGUUCUGCUGUGCAGCUGGGGCAACAUCCUCAGAGAGCCUUCAGAGCCGUUCCCGAGCCAACAAGAAGUCAUCCUUCGGAUGCAAAACCAUACUACGUCAACCAGGCGGAGCUCUCCAUUCCAGUAAAUGCUGGCAAAAAACGGAAAAAACUAAAAAAUUAUCAGUUUAAAAAUCCAAUAUAUGGAGACUGA